CAGAAUCCCGAAGGGGUUCCGACGCGGAGGCGAGAAGCGAGCGGCGAGCGAGGGACGGAAGGAGGGCGGUCUGCGGGUGCCGGCAGAGGCAAAGGAGCCCAGGCCGAGGAAGACCAUCCUCACCGACGGGGCCUGCAGAGGGGCGGGCGUGCGAGGGGACAUCCGGCGCUGGGCGACGACAGAGGCGAGAAAACUGAACUCCAGAGAAAAUAAGGCACUGGGGAAGUGACAGAGAUGGGAUUUGAACCCAGGUCUAUGUGACUCUGAAGCAGAGGCAGGACUCACACAGCUCUAGCCCUCGGUCCACAGUAAGGGACAAGGGCUCUCAGGACCAACUGCUGCCUUCCAUCCUCAAACCUCUGGACUUAGGGUUUGAUAGGAGGGCUGCUCCCUCCCCUUCUCCAGUGAUGGCCUGCGUCCUGCCUGCAUUGCAUCUCUGUACUGGAAGCCACAAAGAAGCGCACACAAACUGGCUUGAAGGAUAGAUCCACCCUGUUCUCUAUGUUCACCUUGUCUCUUGCUCUAUUUUAGAGCAAGCACUGUUGCAUUUGGGGCUGGGCGGGUUCUUUGCUCUGAGGUGAUGUUCUCUGCCUGGGGAGGAUAUUUAGUAACAUUCCUGGCCUCUGUCUACUCCAUGCCAAAAGUACCUUCUAUGUUAUGAUGAUUGAACAAUUAGAAAUGUCCCCAGAUACUGACAAUUGUCCUGGGAAUGGGGGGCAGGAUUGACCCAUCGGGAACCAAUGCUUCACUGUCCAUAGAGUUCCAUGGUGUGUGCCCCAUCUUCCUUGGCUCACAUCCCAUGAUGGACCCUGGACACAGACACAGACACAGAUCCUGCUGUCCCGAGCACCCCUGCGGCUCCAGAGUGAGAAGCCUGGCUCAUGCACCAGCACAGACUGCAUCUGUCAGGCAACCUGCCAGCCAGGCUCCCAUUAGACCUGCUGCACGGAACCCUUGCUCCUCCAUCUAGGAGGAAUGCAAUCACUGUGAAGAAAGCUUCUGUGCUCCCACAAGCAGGACCUGUAUUCUGGGAACACACACCUGCACUAACAGUCACUUUCUGGGGUUUGAGAUAGGGUCUUCUGUAUAUUCCAGGAUGGCCUUAAACUCACAGUGUAUCAUAGGAUGGCCUCAAACUCACAGUGACCCUCCUGCCUCAGCCUCCUGAGUGCCAGGAUCACAGGCGUGCACCACACACUGGCUUCUGUUGUGUAUUUAGGUUGAUUCUAAUCUGCCACCACUAUGCAUCAGGCGUCUGUGGACUCGAAGAUGAGAUGUGGGUCCUCAAGGACCCAUUCUGUCUAUGGAGACUGCCUGGGAUUGGAUCCUCUCUUGGCCAUGGAACCGUCCUUCUCUAAGGCUGCGGAUUCCGGGCAGAACAGCCAGACUUCGAGACACGAGGAGUCCUAGGAGAGCAGGACAGUCCUCCAGCAGCCCUGUUUCAGGAAGGCACCAGCCUUCAUGUUGCCAGCCGCUCUUGGGCAAGGGGUGUACUGCGCGCGCCGUACCCAGCCCUGGCUGCGCUAUGAGGACAUCAUCACUGAGGCCUUGAGGGUCUACAAUGAUGCGCAGCGGGGGAGGCCCCUCUUCCGCCUGGUGGAAGCUACCCUGCCUUUUAGGUUGAACUCUACCGCCAGGGUCCCGCUGAACUUCAGGAUUAGACAGACGGUGUGCAUCUCCACCUGGGAGAGACUGCAACAGUCCGAAAGCUGCGCCUUCCAGGAGGGUGGGGAGGAGCGCAUUUGCACUGGCCUGUUUUCCAAGGUACGGCUACGGCGGAGCCUGACUAUCAGUUGUGACCGAGACUGUGGGCGCCGGGACCAGGGACGCUUCUUGGAACAGCCAGACCAAACCGAGGUUGCGGAGGCUCCGGAGAAAGCUGAGGCCUCUGAGGCUGUGGAGGCCCCGGAGGAAGCUGAGGCCUCUGAGGUUGCGGAGGCCCCGGAGGAAGCUGAGGCCUCUGAGGUUGCAGAGGCCCCGGAGGAAGCUGAGGCCUCAGAGGUCGCAGAGGGCCAGGAGAAAUAGCUCCAUGAGGCCAAAGCCACAGUGCUGCCCACUGUCAGGGACCUGCAUGGGAAGGCCAAGUAAAAUAUCAUCCUCAACAUCCUGAGCAAAAUCCUGAUCAACUUCUAGGGCCAGAAGGGAGAGGAGCCUGUGUCCGGCGCUGGGCUGCAGUACCUCCUUCCUACACUGCCCAGAGACUAGUGACCCCAAACUUAAGCCCCUCUUUGUACAUCUUCUACCUCUACCUGGUCUGCCUGCCCUUCUGGUAUCUGUAAAUCCAGUUUCUCCCACAAGGCUCAGUGGGGAAGUCACCUCCUCCAGGAAGGCCCCUGCUUUGCAGAGCAGAGGCAUCCUUCCUGGUUUGCUCACUUGGCCCUCACACCACAUGGUGUCAUUGCUGUGUCCCCAGCCAGCAUCCAUUCAGUGGCUCUGCCAGCUGCAGCUGUGCCCUAGGAGGGAAGUUCCUUUUGUGUAAGCCCUCGAGCCCCUCUGCCCAGGCCGACAGCCAAACUCGCCUUCGCAUGUCCAGAAACUUCAAGCAGCACAGAGAGGGUUCAAUAAAAUGCUCCUGCAGUAAAUGA